CCCUGAUCUUCGCGAACUGCUACAUCUACCAUACCGAGGACUCGCCGAUAUGGGCUAACUGCCAGAAGUUCGAGAAGACGUUCGAGGAGAAGUACGCGACCAUGAACAAAUGGGUCUCGAAGUUGGAGGGCAACGAGGGCACCUAGUGCUCGACGGUAGUCUGCUGGUACACACACGGAUGCAUCCGCACCGAACGUACCACCCUAUUUUCUAUGUUCUUGAUGGCGGAGUGUGCUGCCAUUGUCCGCUCUCGGGGAAGCCCGGCUCAGCCUCCCCGCUGGACGGAGUGUACGACUAACCGGAUUUCGCACAGAUACCCGAGUGUGACUGGGCGUUCGGCAAGACGCCCUGCACUUGCAGCCCCUUGUCUGCUUUUUUUUUCCUUCCCUGUCUCAUACGAUCGCCGGCAUGCCUCGCGGCUAGGACACGGCUACCAUAAUACCCCCAUUUCCUCCUCAUAUCGCCUUCGCCCCUCGUCUUCCUCCCCUCCCUUCCCUUACCCACCGCUUUUCCGUUGUUUCAACCUAUACCAUACCAUACGCGCUUGUAGCUGGCAUGGAAGGACGGAUGAAAGGGGAGCAAGACCACGUGUGGCUUCACUUGGUCGCAGGGGGCUUGUUAUUGUUGGUGUCAUCGCCCAUGAUCACGGAUGGCUCGUGGUGUCUGCCUAGUUAACGGUCUACGCUUACUGUUGGAGGAAGGGGGUAGGGGGAGCACUGGAUGUUGCGUCAGGUAACCUAAUUCUUGUCAUCGAUUUUUACUUUCUCACUGAACUAGAGGUUA